AUGAGUGGCGUUACCAUUGACUGCCUCACCCUGCCCGUGCCAGGGAGAUACAUUCAGCCUCACGAGAGCAAGGACUUUUCGACGGCCACCAACAUUCAGGUGUCUAUCAACCAGGUCUUACGCAACAGAGACGCUGCGCUGCAGCAGCAGCAGCAGCAGCUGGGGGUCGGCCGCCCUCUGCACGUUGAGCCCUUGUCUACAGAGCUGAAGGAAAAGAUCAAAGCAGGCAAAGAUCUAGUAUGGACCACAGACGUAGAUGUCGAGCUUCCCGUCAAGGUAGCAGAAAGCGGUCCGGCCGCCAUCCCUGCUCAGACAGUGGUGGAGUUCUUCGCGGACUGCGUGCGUCGCUUUGGUUCCGAGCCGGCGCUGCUGUUUGAGCCGCACUACCCGUGCUCGAGCAGCAGCAGCAGCAGCAGCAGCAGCAGUGGGAACGGGAGCAGCAGCAGCGGGAACGGGUCUGCAGCAGCUGCAGCAGUGCCGCCUGCUGCAAACGGCGAUGACGGAGGCACCCAGUGCGUCUGCUUUCCUAAGGGGAGCAGCACCCCGCUCGCUGCUUCCCCUCCCUCAUACGUUCCUAAUUUGCUGCCGGGGUGGUGCGGCUACUCUUGGUUCGGGUACUGGACUGACGCGUGUUUCUUUGCAAAGGCGCUACUGCACCUGGGGGCCCCCCGGCUGUGCCGCGUGGCCAUAAUGGGCUGCAACUCCCCGGCCUGGGCCAUUUCUUUCUACGGAACUAUCAUAUCUGGCGGGAUUUCUGUCGGCGUUUACACCACUAACAAUGAAGAUGCAUGCAAAUACGUGAUCGAGCACUCGCAGUGCUUCAUCGCCGUGGUCGACUCGCUCGAGAACGCGCACAAGAUGCUGGCGGUCAGGGAGCACCAGCUGCAGCAGCAGCAGCAGCAGGGGCAGGAGGCGACGCCGCUGCUGCCGGGGGGCAGCCGCGUGCUGCAGCAGAUCGUGGUGUACCGCGACCGCAUCCCCGCCAGCCUCGCGAGCGACGGGCUUGUCGUUUCUUUCGACGAUUUUCUUGCUUCGGGCCGAGCUGUGAAAGAAAGUGCACUUUCUGCGCGGAUGGAGCGGCAGAAGCCGGGAGCCUGCUGCUGCAUCGUGUACACCAGCGGGACCACUGGCCCUCCCAAGGGGGUGAUGCUCUCUCACGACAACUUGACCUGGACCGCCAGCCUCAUGGCCCAGAUCGUCUCGCUCAGCCCCCAAGACCGCAUCGUUUCGCUGCUGCCUCUGUCUCACGUGGCGGCCCAAAUAGUGGACCUCGUGGCGCCCCUGAUCAUGGGCACUUCGGUUUAUUUCGCGCGCCCCGACGUGCUGCGGGGCACGCUGCUGUACACGCUGCUGAAGGUGCGGCCCACCUGGUUUCUGGGAGUUCCCCGGAUUUGGGAAAAGAUUGAGCAGAAGCUCAAGGAAUUCGGGGCCAGGGGCAGCCACUGGCGCCGCCGCCUCUCCACUGCAGCCAAAGAAAUCGGAUAUGAGGGAGCCUGCGCGCUUCUCGAGGGCCGGCGGGCCCCCUGGGCUUUCACUCCUGUCAACAAGCUCGUGCUGCACCAGGUGCGCAAGGCUCUCGGCUUCGACAAGUGCAACGCCUGGGGCAGCUGCGCAGCCCCCAUUGACCCCGAGACGCAAAAGUACUUCCUUUCUCUCGGCAUGCCCAUCAACUCCCUCUACGGGCUCAGCGAAAGCACGGGCCCCCAAACAUUCAUUGCGCCUUCCCCCGGAUGGUUCAAAGUGGGCAGCAUAGGCCAUUCGCUUCCCGGCACAGACACCCUGAUUCUGAACCCAAAUAGUGAAGGCGAGGGGGAAAUAUGCUUUCGCGGACGAAACAUAUUUAUGGGCUAUUUGGGAGACGAUAAGGCUACCAUGGAGGCCGUGGAUCCGCAGGGUUUCUUGCAUUCUGGCGACUUGGGUCGAGUCGACAAAGACGGAUUCAUCUUCAUCACUGGCAGGGCCAAGGAGCUGCUGAUCACAGCAGGCGGGGAAAAUGUUGCUCCCGUCCUCAUAGAGAGCACUAUAAGACAGGAACUGCCCUUCGUCUCCAACUGUAUGGUGGUGGGCGACCGCAAGAAGUUCCUGUCGGUGCUUAUCUGCCUGCACACAGAAAAAGACAAGGAUGACGCCCCCACGGAAGUCCUCGCCGAAGAGGUGCUGCGAGUCAUAGAGCCACUGGGCAGCACCAGCAAAACGACUGCCCAAGCAGCAGAAGACCCCGUAGUCAACAAACUCGUCUUACAGGGGCUCGAGAGGGCCAACAAACGUGCAGUUUCUAGGGCACAGCGAGUGCUCGCUUGGCGGGUACUGCCGGUGGACUUCUCAGUCGCUGGCGGUGAGCUGACUGCCACUUUAAAACUACGCAGGAAAGUUGUAACGAAAAUGUACGAAGACAUCAUCGACCAAAUGUACCUGCAGCCCCACCCCCCUUGCCUUCAAGGAAGCGGAGCUGGCUGUAAGCUUUAG